AUGAAAACAGAGGACUCCGAAGUGCAAGAACUUGAAGACAGUGCCCAGUCUGUGAUUCCUUUGGGGAGAAUAAGAAAUCUGAUCUUGAGUGUAAACGACAGUCUGCCUCCUUCAGGCGAUGGAUUAUUCGCUUUUGCGAAGGCUUGUGAAUUGUUCGUGGACGAUCUGGUGAAAGGCGUUAAUGCCCAAUAUGGGAAUAACAUCGAUUACGACGAACUAGCAUCAUACGUAUGCGAGAACGAAGAUCUCUGUUAUUUACAUGAAUUCUUCCCACAAUCUAUGACGUUCGACCGAGCUUUGCAAAAAGUUAAAGAGAAGAACGCUGAGUGA